UGCAGUUUCUUCUAAACAUUAUGCGCUAUUUUCUUCGGAGAGGGUGCCUACACGGCAAGCCAUGACGGGAAGAACAGAUCGUAAUACAUCGCAGAAGUGGGGGAAGGUUGGUUACACGGCAUCAAGGAUCGGUGCUAUCAGUUGAUGCUUUGUCAUCUUCAUUGCCAGCACAUGGUGGCACCUGAUUUCUACUGGCUGCCUCAGCGACGUACAAGCGUCCAUAACAUCCCCAAAAUAAUGCUCAAGCUUGAGCCCCCUAUAUGUCCAGCAGCCCAGGCUCAUAGCUGGAAACAUGCAAGAGAUAUCACAACCGAUGGUGAGCAACAUCCUGAUUUACAAGUCUUCUAUGGUUGUUGUAGCUUCGUGGUCAAGGUAGGAUUUGCUGCAGCGAGGAAGAUGAAAGGGCUAUUGUGCUUGCUGCUGCUUUGUCUGGCUCUGGCAUUUUCUCACACAGUGGCAGCUGGGGAUCAAGAGGCGCAGCAAUACGCGUUGGGCAGAAAAGGGAUGGAGGGCAAGAAAUUCAAAGACUGUGGACCUGCGAAAGGUUAUCCUCCUCCGUAUUAUCCUCCUUAUUCUCCUUCUCCUGAUUACAAAUCCCCUCCUUAUUCUCCUACUCCUGAUUACAAAUCCCCUCCUUAUUCGCCCACUCCUGAUUACAAGCCACCAGAGUCUCCUGCAUACAAGUUGGUCUCUGAGUCCACGGAGUCUCCACCGUCCUGAGUGAUGCCUGAACUUGACAAAGAAUUUUCUUCAGGCAGCGUUAAGUAGACACUUGCAAACCAGGAUGUAGUCAUUUUGCAAUAGUAGUCAUUUUGCUUUGUUGUUAAUGCUUUAAGGUCAGGCUCACGAAUUAACCUGUGAGAAUGGCGAUCCAUUGCUGGAUGUAAAUAAGUGAGUAGUAACUCAAAUUGUUCUCAGAUUCUUGCCGUGUAGGCGCAACAUUCAUUGUGCUACAAUUUCUUUUAUGCAUGGCUGUGAUCCAGUACUAGGAGUGGGCUUCACUCGUUGAUGUAAACCACCAUAGCAUAUCAAUAUAACUGGCAUUUUCCACCAACCAAAA